CGGCGCAUGCGCGAGAGCUGUGGCGAGGCCGGCGGUCGGGGGCGGGGGAGGGAAUCAGGAAGCGGUGUGGUGGUGAGUGGUAGUGGGGAGAAUUCCUGCAGGGAAGGUUUCAAAUCGUUUCUGCCCUUUACUCGACUUUUCUCGGGAUGGAUGCCCGAGCGCGUGCGAAGCGCUAUGAAAAGCUGGACUUCCUGGGCGAAGGGCAGUUUGCUACUGUUUAUAAAGCAAGAGAUAAGAACACAAAUCAAAUUGUUGCUAUUAAAAAGAUUAAACUUGGACAUAGAUCAGAAGCUAAAGAUGGUAUUAACAGAACAGCCCUUAGGGAAAUAAAACUAUUACAAGAGCUUAGCCAUCCAAAUAUUAUUGGGCUUCUUGAUGCAUUUGGACACAAAUCCAACAUUAGUUUAGUGUUUGAUUUUAUGGAAACAGAUUUAGAGGUUAUAAUUAAGGACACUAGCCUUGUUUUGACACCCUCUCACAUCAAAGCAUACAUGUUGAUGACACUUCAGGGUUUAGAAUAUUUACAUGAACACUGGAUUCUUCAUAGGGAUCUUAAGCCAAACAACUUAUUGCUAGAUGAAAGUGGAGUUUUAAAACUGGCUGACUUUGGUUUGGCAAAAUCUUUUGGAAGUCCCAAUAGAGUUUACACACACCAAGUAGUAACAAGAUGGUAUCGAGCCCCUGAGCUACUGUUUGGUGCUAGAAUGUACGGUGUGGGCGUGGAUAUGUGGGCAGUGGGCUGCAUAUUGGCUGAAUUGCUGCUAAGGGUGCCAUUUUUGCCAGGAGACUCUGACCUUGAUCAGCUCACCAAGAUAUUUGAAACCCUGGGUACUCCAACAGAGGAGCAAUGGCCUGGGAUGACCAAUCUUCCCGACUACGUGACUUUUAAAAGUUUCCCUGGAAUGCCGCUUCAUCACAUCUUCAGUGCUGCUGGGGAUGACUUGCUAGAACUGCUGCAGGACUUGUUUACCUUUAAUCCUUCUACCAGGGUCACGGCUACUCAGGCACUGAAGCACAAGUAUUUUAGUAACCGACCAGCACCAACGCCGGGAAGCCAGUUGCCAAGACCAAAAUGUCCUGCAGAAGCAUUGAAAGAGCAACAAAAUCCAGUUCCAAAUUUAAAGAGGAAAAGAACAGAUGGAAAAGAUCAAGGGUUACCAAAAAAAUUGGUAUUUUGACUAUUGUGGAAACAUGGAUAUUGAAUAUUUCUGCUGCUGAAAUAUGAACAGACCAAAUAAUGUGAAACUUCAGAUGUCAACUGAACAUGAAUUAAAACUAAAUUUGGAAAUGUAAACAUGUAAAAUGUAUGUAGUGUUUCAACUCUAAAACCAUGUAUUUUUAUUGCUGCUUUUUAAAAAGAAUAAUAAAGUGUAAAAUGCUGUUUAAUAA